AAUGUUAUGAAAUGUAACAAGUGUAGUAAUUGGUUCAAAUCAAUGAAUGAAAAAUACUGAUAAACAUAGUAUGACUUGAUUUGUGAUAAAAUUUGUUUAAUGGAACGAUUUUACAGCUUUCUUACGAAUUCUUCAAAAGGCAUGGAAACAUGACUUAAAAGGGUGUUCAAAUUAUUGUAAAAUCUAGAUGUUCUUGUGUUAGUUGAGUUGAAAAAUGGCAGAAACUGCUAAAAAUAAAACUGAAAAUUGUGACUGUGCUACUGCAACCAAACAUACCUCCAUCCAACAUUCAGAAGAAAAUGGAAGGCGUAGUGAAUGGAUAAAAUUAAAUGUAGGAGGGACUGUGUUCAUGACUACCAGAACAACCUUAUCCAAAGACUCAAAUUCAUUUUUGUUUCGGUUAAUUCAGGAUGAACCUGACUUGAACACUGAUAAGGAUAAUAAUGGAGCAUAUUUGAUAGACAGAGAUGGAACAUAUUUUGGUCCAGUGUUAAAUUAUUUACGUCAUGGAAAAUUGGUGUAUAACAAAGAUUUGGCUGAGGAAGGUAUCUUAGAAGAAGCGGAGUUCUACAAUAUAACAGACUUGAUCAAGCUUGUAAAGGAAAAAAUCCGGGAAAGAGAUGCAAAACAAAAUCAGACAUACAUGAAGAAUGUAUACAGAGUAUUACAGUGUUCAGAAGAAGAAUUGACACAAAUGGUCUCUACAAUGUCAGAUGGUUGGAAGUUUGAGCAGCUGAUCAAUAUAGGUUCACAGUACAACUAUGGUUCCGAGGAUCAUGUAGAGUUUUUAUGUGUUGUGUCAAAAGAAUGUCCCAAUAGCUUAAAUGGCCCGGAGGCUGAACCAUCCGACAGAGCUAAGGUUUUACAGCAGAAAGGAUCUCGAAUGUGAACAAUAUUUAACUGGCUGUGUGAUACAGUGAUUUAUGCUAUAACUUUGUGUUCAUGGGAAGUCACAUGGCUCAUGACUGUUACAAGCUGAUUGGUUGUCUCCUUUUUUUUAAUUUAAGUAUUUUUUCAUGUGACUAUAAAUUUUAGGUAGAUUUGUUAUAAAGUAUUUUGUUAAAAGAUAAUUUUAGUCAAAUAUUUUGUUGUUUUUGUACGUAAAUUUUUGCUGUAUGAUAUAGAUGUCUGUGAAGUAAUGUUUUGUAAUUCUUGCAAGUUGAUUUUUUCUUGUACAUGUACUUGUAUUAGUACAAAGAACUGUGCCUGAUUCAAGUUUUUAUAUUUUAGUCAACUAAGAUUUGAGUCAGCACAGAAAGAUACAUGUAGCUAGCAGGCUGACUUUUUAUUCAGAACUGAACAAUUAAACUGAAACAAAGAGAAAGUGUAUAUUAGUAUAGGAAAAAGCACGAGUGCUAAAUCAUGUUAUCAUUAAAACAUAUUAGCUAGAAAAUGGUUUUUAUUAUGAAAAAUUUCAAAAUAUUCUUCUUAGAGCAUUUUGACUGAAAGAAAAAUGAACAAUUUAUUGUACUAUUAGAGGCCAUAAGUAAGUUAUCAAAAUGUCUGCCAUUCACAAGUUGUAUGAU